UUUGAACGUUCAGUUAACCGCUAGCAGCAGUGUGGGGUGGACGUUUCUCUUUCGAUAUUUCCUCAUUCUCUACAAAUCUCGUAGGUUAGGAAAUAUAUACCCGUGUGAAGGUUAAGGUCAACCCGUUUUACAUCCAUCUAUUUUACCAUCGAAUAUUAAAUCUUUUCUAUUUCAGAAAUUUAAAAGAUGUCAGCGAAAGCGAUUCGUGAGGCAACAGGAAAGGAUUUAAUUAAUCGUAAACUUCCUUCUGGCACAAAUGCAGUACAAUGUAGAUUCGUGAGCAUCACAGAACAUACAAAUUGGGCAGACAUUGUAAACAACAAUCCAUGGCUAAAGUCAGAGAAACUGGUUGUAAAACCUGAUCAAUUAAUUAAAAGACGUGGAAAGCUUGGUUUGAUUAAAGUAGAUGUAAACUUGGCUACAGCAAAGCAAUGGAUCGCAGACAGAAUGAACAAGGAUCAACAAAUUGGAAAAGCAACUGGAAAACUUAGAACUUUUAUCAUUGAGCCUUUUGUUCCCCACAAACAGGAAGAGGAAGCUUACGUCUGUAUCUAUUCCCAUCGGAAAGCUGACACUAUUUUAUUUCAUCACGAAGGUGGCGUCGAUAUUGGAGAUGUUGACGCGAAAGCUUUGAAACUAGAGGUACCUGUUGGAGAAGGAUUGCCGGAUGAAACUACAUUAAUGGAAAAGCUAUUAACGAAUGUAGCAAACGAUAAGAAAGAGGUUAUUGCCAAAUUUAUAGAAUCUCUGUAUAAGCUUUAUGUUAAUUUAUACUUCACGUACUUGGAAAUAAAUCCAUUGGUAGUAACGGACGAUGGAAUUUAUAUAUUGGAUCUCGCUGCGAAAUUGGAUACGACCGCGGACUUUGUGUGCAGACCAGACUGGGGAGAAAUUGAUUACCCGCCACCAUUUGGACGGGAUGCUUACCCCGAAGAGGCCUAUAUCGCUGAUCUAGAUGCCAAAUCUGGAGCUAGCUUGAAAUUAACCAUUCUUAAUCCAGCUGGUCGGAUAUGGACAAUGGUUGCUGGCGGUGGGGCAUCCGUCAUCUAUUCGGACACGAUUUGUGAUUUGGGGGCUGCGAAUGAACUGGCUAAUUACGGUGAAUAUUCAGGUGCACCUAGUGAGCAACAAACUUACGAUUAUGCGAAAACUAUAUUGGGUUUGAUGACAAAAGAGAAACGCACAGAAGGAAAGGUAUUGAUAAUCGGUGGCGGUAUUGCUAAUUUUACGAAUGUAGCCGCGACCUUCAAGGGUAUCGUCAAGGCAUUACAAGAGUAUCAGCCGAAGCUCGUAGACCACAAUAUACAAAUAUUCGUAAGAAGAGCGGGGCCUAACUAUCAAGAGGGACUGAGAAUUAUACGCGAGGUUGGUAGAAGGCUUGGCAUCCCUGUUUACGUAUUCGGUCCUGAAACUCACAUGACGGCUAUAUGCGCGAUGGCAUUGGGCAAGAAACCGAUUCCCGAUCCCGAGACUCAAGAAUUUUCCACCGCAAACUUUUUGCUACCCUCUGGACAGGAUGUUGGUCCCACAGCCCCUUCGAAAAGUACUUCUUGUUCACCUACCAAACAACCGAAAUUAAAAGCAAGCGAAUCCGUUGAUGGAUCCGCAAAUAAACAACUUUUCAGUAAUAAAACAAGGGCCAUCAUUUGGGGAAUGCAAACCAGAGCUGUUCAAAGUAUGUUAGACUUCGACUUUGUUUGUCGUAGAUCUGAACCGUCUGUAGCUGCUAUCGUGUAUCCGUUUACGGGUGAUCAUAAACAAAAAUUUUACUGGGGCCACAAAGAGGUGCUGAUUCCUGUUUACAAACAGAUGAAGGAUGCGAUGGCUAAACACACGGACGCCGAUGUUAUGGUCACAUUCGCAUCCUUGAGAUCUGCUUACGAAAGCGCGGCUGAAACAAUGCAAUUCCCUCAAAUCAGAACAAUUGCUAUCAUUGCUGAAGGUAUACCUGAAAACAUGACAAGAAAACUGAUUCUAAUGGCACAACAGAAAGGCGUUAGCAUUAUUGGCCCUGCUACCGUUGGCGGUGUGAAGCCUGGUUGUUUCAAGAUCGGCAAUACUGGAGGAAUGAUGGACAAUAUUCUUCAUAGUAAACUCUACAGGCCUGGCAGUGUGGCUUACGUUUCUCGUUCCGGCGGCAUGUCCAACGAAUUGAACAAUAUCAUUUCCAAAGCUUCGAACGGAGUGUUGGAAGGUGUUGCAAUUGGCGGUGAUCGUUACCCGGGAACUACUUUUAUGGAUCACAUAAUGCGGUACCAAGAAAACCCAGAAGUGAAGCUCAUAGUUCUCUUGGGCGAAGUCGGUGGUGUGGAAGAGUACGAAGUAUGCGAUGCGCUGAAAACCAAGAGAAUUACGAAGCCAUUGAUCGCCUGGUGUAUCGGUACCUGUGCCAGUAUGUUCAAUUCCGAGGUUCAGUUUGGCCAUGCCGGAUCAAUAGCGCACAGCAACUUGGAAACAGCAUCUGCUAAGAAUGCCGCGUUGAAAAUUGCCGGUGCUUAUGUGCCUAACAGUUUCGACACGCUCGGAGAAUUGAUGCACACUGUGUACGAGAAGCUCGUCGAAGAAGGGGCGAUUAUUCCGGAACCGGAGGUCCCACCGCCAACCGUUCCAAUGGAUUACAGUUGGGCCAGGGAACUUGGCUUGAUAAGAAAGCCAGCUUCGUUCAUGACAUCCAUCUGCGAUGAACGUGGACAAGAAUUACUAUAUGCCGGAAUGCCUGUAACCGAAGUGUUAAAACAGAACGUGGGAAUUGGUGGUGUAGUUUCGCUUUUAUGGUUCCAACGGUGCUUGCCGGCUAUGUAUUGUAAGUUCCUGGAAAUGUCUUUGAUGUUAACGGCCGACCACGGCCCUGCAGUAUCGGGAGCACACAACACUAUCGUAUGCGCUCGAGCUGGCAAAGAUCUAGUUAGCUCGCUGGUAUCCGGCCUAUUGACUAUCGGUGAUCGUUUUGGUGGAGCAUUGGAUGGUGCGGCUCGUAUGUUCUCCGAGGCCUACGAUGCCGGUUUGCAUCCACAAGAAUUUGUAAACAAUACACGUAAGAAGGGGAAAUUGAUUAUGGGUAUUGGUCAUCGUAUAAAGUCUAUAAAUAAUCCAGACAUGCGAGUGAAACUUAUCAAAGAAUUCGUAAUGGAGAACUUCCCGGCGAGGCCUUUAGUCGAAUAUGCAUUGGAAGUUGAAAAGAUAACCACAAGCAAGAAACCUAAUUUAAUUCUUAACGUGGAUGGCAUUAUUGCCUGCGCCUUUGUGGAUAUGUUGAGGAAAAGUGGUAGCUUUACUAGAGAAGAAGCACAAGAGUAUAUCGAGAUUGGUGCUAUAAAUAGUCUAUUCGUUCUUGGCAGGAGCAUAGGUUUCAUCGGUCAUUAUAUGGAUCAAAAGAGGUUGAAACAAGGUUUGUACCGACACCCAUGGGAUGAUAUUUCUUACGUAUUGCCAGAACAAUACAAUUGAGUUCAUCUUCCAUUCGCAUUGUCUAUCGUAAACGCAUAAUAAAUGUUACGAGUUCAUUUAAGGUUUCGAUAGCUGUAACGAUCGUGUCGUACGUGCUUGCUCAUAGUCGUAAAGACACCAUUAAUUUACUUAGGUACAGGUAAUUAAAAGUUGUUGUGUAGUCCACCGUAAUUCUAUUCAUUCUUGAGAAUCGAAGUUAUAUUCGAUGAUGCUGCGGACGAAAAUUUCUAUAUGUAAUAUAGAUGCCAGCGAUGAAAACGGUGUUGAAAACAGAAACUUUAACGAAACCGUGAAAUAGUAAGAGUUAAUUCGUGUAUUUGAAGGAGAACAUUCCAACGGAGCAUUUUCUUUUUUAUUUAGUUCAAGAGUGGAGUACUAAUAUGUUAGCUAUUAUGAACAAUAUUUAUCGGUACCAGCACAAGAUAUAUCUUUUCCGAUUUAUCAAAAUACAAAUAUUUACAUAUUUGAGAAGCUUUGUAUGAAAAAUAUAUCAGCAUUUUGUAUGUAUGUGCAUACAUGAAUGCUUUUACACACGUGCGUACCAAUAUAUUCUAACAUGCACAUAUUAUAUAUGUGUACAAUGCUACAGUAACAAUUCGUUGCACAAAGCAGUUUUCCUUUUAUGGCUAAAAGUAUGCAAUAAAAACAAAACAAAAAAAACAAAAACAAAAUAAAACAUGUCCAACAUUUAAGCGCUAUUUUUAGUUUUAUUUAUUUAGCCCUACUAAAAUUUAUAAAAUGAUUGUUAAUCAUGAAUAACAUGUAAAAAUGGUUAUCUUGUGCAAAUAUUCUCAUAAAUAAAAGUAUAGUAUAAAAUAA